UGGAGUUUCGAAAGUUCAAUUUCGCAUGGCGGACGUGCAAGUGAACUCUGUUAUUUGUUGGUGAUAAUUUCAAUUAUUAUCUUUUCGAGAUUCCUUAUGGAAAGGCAAAUUUUCAUGCUACUUUUUCUUUGUGGACGUGCUUUGUUCAUUCCUUAACGUUAGAUGAUGUUAAAGUGUUAAUUAUAGUUAAAUUUGUGAGAACUGCAUAGGUUUUUUCUCAAAAAUGGGAAAAUGUGACGAAGCUAAUGUCGAAGUUAGUAUGGGGGACUCGGCGUCCCCCAUGAAACCUGAUAAUUUUACAUUCACCGUGCCCCCCGAGGCUCCAGUCUUCGAGCCUACGCCUGAAGAGUUCCUAGAUCCUUUGGCGUAUAUCAGCAAAAUAAGGCCCAUCGCUGAGAAGUCGGGGAUAUGCAAGAUAAAACCACCCGCCCAUUGGCAGCCACCGUUCGCAGUAGACGUGGAUCGACUGCGUUUCACACCCAGAAUACAAAGGCUUAAUGAAUUAGAGGCUAUCACAAGAGUUAAGCUGAAUUUCCUCGAUCAGAUUAUCAAGUUCUGGGAGCUUCAGGGUUCCGUUCUCAAGAUACCCACAGUUGAACGGAAACCCUUAGAUUUGUACGCCUUGCACAAAAUCGUUAAAGAAGCUGGUGGUUUCGAAGUAUGCUCAUCGGAACGGAAAUGGUCAAAGAUAGCUCGACGGAUGGGCCACCCCCAGGGCAAGGGCAUCGGAUCAAUAUUAAAGAAUCACUACGAGCGCAUCCUCUACCCGUAUGAUGUGUUCAAGAACAGCGGAGCCGUCAGCUGCGCUGGUGACAACAAAGAGACGAAGAUCGAAGUGAAAGGCGAACAGACGCCGGAGAAGGCGGGACGGAGGUCGAGCAAGCCCCCGGCGGCGACGCCGCCCCCCGCGCGCCGCUUCAAGAGCUCGGAGCCCGAGGCGGCCGAGGGCAGCCACACGGAGGGCGCGCUGCCCGCCGGCGACGACAAGAAGACCCCCAUCAAGGAGGAGCCCGGCGAGACCCGUCGAAGUCCGCGCGAGAACAAGUGGAUGUCGGCGGCGGGCAGCUGCGGCGCGCGCGCCCGCGUGCUGCGCUCCACGCGCCUGCGCGAGCACCGCCUCAGCAACAUGACCGUGUCCGUCACGCCCGCGCCGCCGCCGCUGCACCCCGACGACCCCCUCGCGAAGUACAUGUGCCACGUGUGCGGGCGCGGCGACAUCGAGGAGCAGAUGCUGCUGUGCGACGGCUGCGACGACUCGUACCACACGUUCUGCCUCGUGCCGCCGCUGGCCGACGUGCCCAAGGGCGACUGGCGCUGCCCCGUGUGCCUCGCCGAGGAGGUGUCCAAGCCGACGGAGGCGUUCGGAUUCGAGCAAGCGUCCCGGGAGUACACGCUGCAGCAGUUCGGGGAGAUGGCCGAUCAGUUUAAAUCUGAUUACUUCAACAUGCCAGUACAUAUGGUGCCCACGUCGACGGUGGAGCGCGAGUUCUGGCGCGUGGUGUGCUCCAUCGACGAGGACGUAACGGUGGAGUACGGCGCCGACCUGCACUCCAUGGACCAUGGAUCCGGAUUCCCGACAAAAUCCAGUGCACAUCUCUAUCCCGGUGAACAACAGUACGCGGAAUCUAGCUGGAACUUGAACAAUUUGCCAGUUCUAGAAGGUUCUGUGCUCGGUCACAUCAAUGCUGAUAUAUCGGGCAUGAAGGUCCCAUGGUUGUACGUGGGCAUGUGCUUCGCGACGUUCUGCUGGCACAACGAAGACCACUGGAGCUACUCCAUCAACUACUUGCACUGGGGCGAACCCAAGACAUGGUAUGGAGUACCCAGCUCGAAAGCUGAGCAGUUUGAAGCAGCGAUGAAGGCUGAGGCACCAGAGCUGUUCCAGUUACAGCCAGAUCUGUUGCACCAGCUGGUCACUAUCAUGAAUCCAAAUGUCCUCAUGAAGGCAGGCGUGCCUGUGUACAGGACGGACCAGCACGCGGGCGAGUUCGUGAUCACGUUCCCGCGCGCCUACCACGCGGGCUUCAACCAGGGGUACAACUUCGCCGAGGCGGUCAACUUCACGCCCGCCGAUUGGCUUAAAAUGGGUCGCGAGUGCAUCGCGCACUACUCCACACUGCGGCGAUACUGCGUUUUCUCGCACGACGAGCUCGUCUGUAAGAUGGCUCUGGAAGCGGACUCGCUCAGCCUCACCGUGGCGUUGGCGGCCUACAGGGAUAUGAGGACUAUGCUGCACGAUGAGAGAAAAUUGAGGAAAUCCCUACUCGAUUGGGGCGUCACAGAGGCCGAGCGCGAGGCGUUCGAGCUGCUGCCGGACGACGAGCGACAGUGCCACGAGUGCAAGACCACGUGCUUCCUGUCGUGCGUCACGUGCACGUGCACGCCGCACGUCGCGUGUCUGCGCCACCACGACCGCCUGUGUGCGUGCGCACCCGCCGCGCACAAGCUGAGAUAUCGUUACACUCUCGACGAGCUCCCUGCUAUGUUGGAGAAGUUAAAACGCAAGUCAGAGCAGUUCCGCGAGUGGGCGGAGGCCGUCCAGAAUGCUCUAGAUCCAGACACGCCCAAGACUUGCGAUCUGGAUGGAUUGAGGGCACAUCUCAAAAGGGCGCACGAUUUGAAGAUGCACAAGACCGAGCUGGUGCGCGCGCUGGAGACGGCCAUCGAGGACGCGGAGAAGUGCGCGUCCGUGAUCCAGCAGCUCGACCUCAACAAGAUGCGCACGCGCACGCGGCACCACGACCCCAAGUACCGCCUCUCCAUACACGAGCUUACGCUCUUCGCGGCCGAGAUCGACGGACUCGCCUGCGUGCUGCCCGAGGGUUCAGCUGUUAAAGAAGUAUUACGACAAACCGCGGAAUUCGAGGAUCGCGCUACUGAGCUGCUGAGUAAGGAGCUCGAUGAGUGCGAUGCGGCUUCUGUCAGGGAGCUGGAGGAAGUGGUAGAUCUCGGGUCUCGUCUCUGCAUCGUACUGCCGCAGCUAUCGGCGCUGCAAGCACGUCUGCAACAGGAAAAGUUCGUAUUGUCCGUGCACACGCACCGCGAGGACUGCUCCACACUCUCGCCCGAACUCAUCGACAAGCUGCUGGCUGAGGCCGAGACGGUGGUGCCGCAUAGGCGUGUUGAGGCAGAGCGGGCGGCGUUAUAUAAACUCAAAUUACAAGUAGAAGACUGGGAACGUCGCGCACGCGCAGUCCUAAUAGACACAAAUACACCUAAGAACAGAGAGUCGUUCAGCGAUUCGGACGAGCAUACCACCCUCGCAGAACUAGACGCAUUGCUGGCGGAGGGCGAUGAGAUCGAGGCCGCCUUGCCGUCCUACCACGCUCUGCACACGGCGACCACGCACGCGAGGGAUUGGCUCGCGAAAGUGGAGGAGAUGCAGUCCAAGGAGCUGUACCCGUACAUGCACAGCGUGGAGGCGCUGUCUCGUCGCGGCGCACAGAUCCCGCUGGCGCUGCUGGAGAAGAAACAUCUCGCCGCCGCGCUCACCUCCGCACAAGACUGGCAGAGAGGCGCCGCAGACAUGUUCCUCAAGAAGAACUGGCAGUGUUCUCUACUGGAAGCGCUGGCUCCGCGCGGUGAAGCGGGGGAGGGCGCGGAGGCAGGCGAGGGAGGCGCGGGGCGCAAACGAGCGCGCGGGGAGCCCCCGGCCGAGGCCGCGCUGCUGCGGCACUUCAGCGAGGACGCCACGCCCACGGAGAUCGUGGCCGCCUUCAAGCAGGCCGAGCAGCGCGAGCUGGCCGCCGUCAAGGAGCUAAGAGCCCGCAAUAUGCGCAAGGAGGUACGAGCUCCACCAACGGCUGGAGUGACGUUCUGUAUUUGUCAGAAGCGACAGUAUGGAAUCAUGAAUCAGUGCGAAUUAUGCAAGGACUGGUUCCAUGCAUCAUGCGUGGCGUCCGCUCGUGACGACACAGAGGAGCGCGAGGAAUCUCCGGAAAGGAUAGAGCUGCCGUUCCCCUGCACCGAGACUAAAUUCCUCUGUCCGGACUGCACACGCACGAAGCGACCGCGCUUACAUCGGAUACUGGCUCUACUGGUGUGGCUGCAGAAGCUGCCCGUGCGGCUGGCGGAGGGCGAGGCGCUGCAGUGCGUGACGGAGCGCGCCAUGGCGUGGCAGGACGCGGCGCGCGCGCUGCUGGCCGGCCCGCUGCUGGCCGCGCUGCCCGCGCGCCGCGCGCACGACGCGCCGCGCGAGCGCAAGGACUCGCACGCCAGCAGGUCGUCCGCGAGCGUGGAGCACGCCUACAGCGCCACGCCGCGCGCGCUGGGCGCCGGCGCCCGCGUGCCGCCCGGUCUGCUGCAGAAGCUGGAGGACCUCAUGCUCGAGGGAGAUCUGCUCGAGGUGCGGCUGUCGGAGCAGGCGUGCGUGUGGAGCGCGGUGUGGGCGGCGCGCGCGGCGGAGGGGCGGCGCGGCGCGCGCGUGCUGGACGCGGGCCGCCGCAAGCGCGCGCCGCCCGCGCAGCGCCACGCCGCGCUCAAGCGGACGCGCCCCGCCAGCGCCGCCAAGACCGCCAUGAAGCGGGGCUCCGCCACCACCACCAACUACUUGAAUAGGAAGCAGGGCGUAUCUUCGGGCUCCGGUCUCAUGAUGCGCAAGCACUACAUGGCGAGACAGGAGCGACGCAAGCGAGCCAUCCCCGCGCACCACCACGCGAGGCAGGCGAGAAUAGCGGCGCAGGCGCGCGCGGCGCGCGGCGCGGUGCGGCGCAGCAGCUCGUCGUCGCGCUCGUCCGCCGACGACGACGACGACUGCGCCGCCGCCGCCUGUCUGCGGCCCACAGGCAAGGUCGACUGGGUGCAGUGCGACGGCGGCUGCGACCAGUGGUUCCACAUGCACUGCGUGGGCCUCAACCGCGGCGCGCUGCGGGAGGACGACGAGUACGUGUGCGGCUCGUGCGCCGACGCCAAGCCGCGCGCCGAGCGCCACUGAGCGCCCGCCCGCCUCCCGCCUGCCGCCCCCCGCCUCCCGCACGGUGCUCACGUCUUUUCUAUGCGGACAAUGAAAGAGUGAUUAUGAGGACAUUCUCUAUGCCGAGUGCGCUGUGCCGUCUCUAAUGCGUACACUGGGUUGGCGGUGACCCCUGUGGCCGCUUCGAUUGGUUUGUGUUCAUUAGAGAUACGUUAUACAGGCGAUUUCGAAGGGUACCAUCUUUGUAAAGAUUUGUAGUUGAUCUGCGAACGAGUGGCAUGACGUUGUAACUAUGUUUUUUAAUCGAAAUGUAUUUUGUCAGGUGAAAGGUUCUGCCACUCGCGUUGAAAGCUGUUUGAACGAUCAUGAACAAAAAUAUGAAUGAGUAUAAUAUGUAUGUAACGACGCUGUGCGAUAUUAAACAAAGAACAGGUAAAUCCGAAUUACUUAAAUAUAAUUUGGGUGAUCUAUUAGCACGAAAAGUCCAUGAAAUCUCGAACAACAGAUCACGGGAUUUUGUUUAUAAAAUACCGAGCGGAACCAUUUACAGUCCAAUGGUGAUAUUUCUCUAACUAUGAUCCGCGAUAUAUAACAAUAUGAGCUACUAGACGUACUUCGUUUUCAUUUUUGAAAUAUAGAAAAAGGAGAACACUUGACGCUCUCGAAUUUAAUUGAGAGAAAAGUAUCCGUCGAUAAAAUUAUUCAUAUCUAAUUAUAAUAUAUAUCAAAUAUAAUGACCCCUCGUUUCCAACAAAAUGUUACCCAGACACUAUAAUUUUAAAAUGUGUAGAUAUCUUUCUGCCAGCAGCUUUGAAGCCGCAAAAGCUUAGGUCUACCUGAACGCGAAAAUGGAAUUACACGAAACAUCGUAUAUAUAAUUUUAUUAUAACUUAUACAAAAUAAACUCGAAACGAUAAGAACAUUCGUAGAAGUAUAUUUUGAAUUAUACUUUAAAUUAAUUAAAUAAAAAAAAAAUACUGUAUGGCAUUGUCGUAUAAUAUCUCUGGAUUUUUAAAUUCCAUGUUAUACAUUUGUAUUAGUUAUCAUGAAAUUGU